UGGGGUGCUGGUUGCCCUCACCCCCCCCCCCCCCCCAGGUAUCGUGAUCCCCGAGAAGCCGAAGCUGAAGUUCAUGGAGAAGGCGCCGGCGGUGCCCAAGGUCCGGAGGGAGCCGCGGCGGCUCCGGGACAUCCGCGGCCCUUCCCGCGUGGCCACUGACUUCAUCGAGGGGCAGUUCGGGAUCCUGGCUCUGGGCGGAGGUUACCUGCACUGGGGCCACCUGGAGAUGCUGCGCUUGACCAUCGGACGUUCCAUGGACCCCAAAUCCAUGUUCGCCAUCUGGCGCCUUCCUCCCCCUUCCAAAGCUCUCAGCAGGAAGAGCUUGGGACACCGCAUGGGAGGGGGUAAAGGCCCCAUCGAGCGCUACGUGACGCCCGUCAAGAGCGGGCGCUUGCUCCUGGAGCUGGGCGGGCGCUGCGAGUUCCAACACGUGGAAGCCUUCCUGCGGCAGGCGGCCCGCAAGCUGCCCUUCCCCGCCGUGCCCAUCAGCAGGGCCGGCCUGCACCGCCUGCGCCGGGACGAGGAGGAGAGGGAGGCCCGGAAUCAGAACCCUUGGAGCUUCGAGCGCGUGGCGAGCGCCAACAUGAUGGGAGCCAGGAGGUACCUGAGCCCCCGCGACCUGCGCCUGCGAGGCCGCUACUGGGGCAAGUUCUUCCUCAAGCAUCGCGUGUGA